AUGGUAAUGGUGGUUGCGUUCGCAUCGUCAUUGAGGUUGUCAAGUGGUGUAAGCGAGGUAUUUUCACUCGAAAUCGGUCGUAUGACUCCGCUUCCGGUUUUUGGUUCUGCUCCUGGCUUCUCUGCUCAAACCGAGAGGCCUAGUUUCAAGCCGAGUGCGCUGUCGUCGCGGCCGCCUUUGUGUACUCUGUCUUCAUUGUGUGACGGAGGACGGUUUUUCUGCCCGGCGAACAAGUGA